AUGGCUAAAGCAGCUGUUACCUCAUGGUAUAUGGAUAUGAUUCUUCUCUUUGUUGAACAGAAGAAGUGGGAGCAAGCUAUAGCUGCUGUCGCCACUAAAGAUGCAAAAGUCAUUGAAGCUGCUGCUAAAAUAAAUGCAAAAAACCCAAAAAGAAGAAAAAAUAUAUACUGUAUUUAA